AUGGAGGAGCUAGCGGAGGGACAGGUCACUAUGGGGACGGAGGGACUGACGGCUAUCGGGACGGAGGAAGUGACGGAGGGGUCGAUGGUUAUCAGAGGGGAGGCGGGUCAGAUGGGGUAUGUUGACUCAUUGUGGCCAUCAGUUGCUGCAUUUCAUUCGUUUUUAAAUGACACGAUCGGGAUAGAGGAGCGAGAGAGGAUACCUGUGGUGGAGGGAGUGCCCGUGCAGGAGAUACCUGAGGAUGUGGGGGUACCCGAGGAGGAGAGGGUACCAGAGGUGGAGGUGGUACCCGAGAUGACGUCACCCGAGGCAGAGGGGAUACCCGAGGAGGUGGGGGUGUCCCUGCAGGGGAUACCUGAGGACGUCGAGGGGGUACCGGAGGAGAAGAGGGUUCCGGAGGUGGAGGUGGAGGUGGUACCCGUGCAGGGGAUGCCGAGAGGGCACCGGAGGAGCAGAGGGUACCAGAGGUGGAGGUGGUACCCGAGAAGACGAUAG